AUGGUUGCUGUCUGCAAUGUUUUUCUUCUGAAUCUGUUGCUGCUUUAUGGUUUUCUGGCAUCCUGCACUUUGAGCAUGCAGUUAAAGGACUUAAAAAAUGGUGCUCAAUCAUAUGGUAUUCGUGAAACUCGUCAAGCCCCAAAUGGUAUUUGUAUUGAAAAAAUUGGAAAUGGAUCUUAUAUUGGCAUGGCUCCACACCCUGAUGGCUCUGACCGCGUAUUUUUGUGGAAUCAACAAGGUAAGGUAUGGAUUGCCAAUGUUCCUGAGGAUGGAUCUAAUGGAGUGUUGGAAAUUGAUGAAUCAAAGCCAUAUCUAGAUAUAACUGAUCAUGUGCUUUUUGGUUUGCAAUUUGGGGUAAUGGGAAUGGAGUUCCAUCCUAAUUUUGUAAGUAAUGGUCGUUUCUUCAUUUCGUACCAUUGUGAUAAGUUACGACACUCAGGAUGUUUAGGUAGAUGCUCGUGUAACUCGGAAAUUAAUUGUGAUCCAGCAACACUUCCAAUAGACAGUGGCAUUGCACCAUGCCAGUAUCAAAUUGUAGUAGCAGAGUACACAGCAAAUGGUACUGCAACAACACCUUUCUUGGUAGAAAGUGCGAAGACAUUGGAAGUGAGGAGGAUAUUUACAAUGGGACUCCCACAUAGGGGAGUUUAUGGAGGACAGAUUCUUUUCGGCCCUGCAGAUGGAUUUCUGUAUGUUAUGACUGGUAGUGGUACGCAUCGAGGGGACCCUUACAAUUUUGCACAAAACAAAAGAUCGUUGCUCGGAAAGAUCUUGAGGAUUGAUGUGGAUCAAAGAAACGAAGUGCAUGAUCGAGGGCUUUGGGGAAAUUACUCCAUACCAAGAGAUAAUCCGUGCAACAAUGACAAGCAAUUAGCGCCUGAAGUUUGGGCAUUAGGUCUUAGAAAUCCAUGGCGUUGUAGUUUCGAUUCAGAAAGGCCUUCCUACUUCAUGUGUGGAGAUUCUGGACAGGACAUAUAUGAAGAGAUAGAUAUGAUAACAAAAGGUGGAAACUAUGGAUGGCCCGUCUACGAAGGCCCUUAUCUCUUCAAACCAGCAAAUGCCCGAGAAGGAAGCACUUCUAAUUCUAGCUCCAACAGUCUCAUAUUCCCGGUCAUGGGAUACAACCACUCUGAAACUUACAAGACAAUUGGUUCCGCGUUCAUAAUUGGUGGAUACUUCUAUAGGUCUCAAACUGAUCCCUGUCUGUAUGGAAGGUACUUAUACAUAGACUUAUAUCCAGAUGGAAUAUGGUCAAGUACUGAAAAUCCUGAACAUAGUAGAAACUUUACAAGUUCAAAAAACCCAUACAGGUGUGCGCGUGAUUCUCCAAUCCACUGUGAAUCAAUUGCAGAGGAUGUUAUGCCUGCUAUAGGAUACGUUUCGUCUUUUGGGGAAGACAAUAGAAAAGACAUUCAUAUGCUAACAACCACUGGCGUCUACAGAGUUACACGUCCGAGUAGGUGUAACUACCAUUGUCCUAAAGAAAGAAGUGUAGCAAGUAAACCAGCUCUUCCUGUUUCCAUGUCUAGGAAAUUAUGGGAGAGGGAAGAACACUAUGCUCUUCUAAUUUCUUCUAUGUUGCUGCUUUUGUAG